AUGGAGGACAAUGUGAACCUAGAACUUACACUCUCACUUAAUUCAUCCCAAGACAGGUCAAAAACCACCAACCAUGCCAUCACCGAGAUGGAAGCUGAUAGAGUUGAUGCUGGUUUGGACACCGUAGUAAAGUCUGAAAUCGGAGGUUCAAACUCUGCUUUGGUGAAAAGGGGGAGAGGAAGGCCUCGAAAGUCUGAGGUUGAUAGGAAUCGACUGUCUCCUACCAAGUUGCCACCGAGGACUUCCAAUCAGCCUAGUGGAAGUGAGGAGAAGCGUGGAAGGGGACGUCCUCGUGGUUCUGGAAAACUGCAGAGUUUGGCUCCCAUUGAAACAGAUGGAGGAAACAUGACACCUUAUAUGCUGAUUGUGAACCCUAGAGAGGAUGUGGUUAGAAAGUUAUUUGCAUUUAUGGAGAAAGUUCCUCAAGAAAAUGUUUGCAUACUUUCUGCUUGUGGAACUGUAUCAAGUCUCACCCUUUGUGAACCUGAUGUUUCUAAUGGUUUUUCAAGACAUGAGGGUCACUUUGACAUCUUAUCUUUAAGUGGACCAUGCACCAUUACUGGUGGUGCUGCUGGUGGUUCACAAAGGAAAAUUGGCAUGUUGAGUGUUUCAUUGGCUCAACCUGAUGGCAAGGUUUUUGGAGGUCGUGUUGACAACUUAUUGAUAGCUGCUACUACUGUUAAGAUAAUUUUGGCAACUUGCAAGAAAAACAUAAAGAAGAGAAUGUAUGCAUCUACAUCUUCAGCUGCUCCAAACAUGGCGACUAAUCAAGAAGCAAUAAGGGAUAAUAACUCGAAAGGUCCUAAGUUAACUAUUGAAGGAGAACCUAGCUGCCCACAACAUUCCUAA